GACGGACAGACAGACGAAGGAGAGAGAGAGAGAGAAAAGAUGAGCCAUCAGCGGUCCCUCGCCCGGAUGUUGGUCCUGCUGGUGUCCCUCCACCGGCUGUCCACGUACGGCGGCAGCCAGUGGAAGCCGGGCAGGAGCGAGUCGGUGGUGAUUCCGGGGGACAUAGUGCUGGGCGGUUUGUUCCCGGUGCACGAGAAGGGGGGCGCCUCGUGCGGGCCGAACGUGUACAACAGAGGCGUGCAGCGGCUCGAGGCGAUGCUGUUCGCCGUCGACCAGAUAAACAGGGACGAGGGGAUACUUCCCGGGAUCACCAUAGGCGUGCACAUCCUGGACACGUGCGGCCGCGACACGUACGCCCUGAACCAGAGCCUGCACUUCGUGAGGGCGUCGCUCUCGAAUCUGGACAUCAGCGUGCUCGAGUGCGCGGACAGAUCGGCGCCAAGGGUGAAGAAGACGGCGAGCGCCGGGCCGAUAUUCGGCGUGAUAGGGGGCUCUUACAGCUCCGUGUCGUUGCAGGUUGCAAAUCUUCUCAGGCUGUUCCACAUACCCCAGAUCUCGCCCGCCUCAACCGCCAAGGCGCUCAGCGACAAGACCAGGUUCGACUACUUCGCGAGGACCGUUCCGCCGGACACGUUCCAAUCGAUCGCGUUGGUGGACGUGGUGAAGAGCGCCAACUGGUCCUACGUCUCGACCGUGUACUCGGAGGGCAGCUACGGUGAAUACGGGAUCGAGGUGUUCACGAGGGAGGCGACCGAGCGGAACGUGUGCAUAGCCGCGGCGGUCAAAGUGCCGAGCGCCGCCGACGAUCGCAUGUUCGACGACAUAAUCCAACGGUUGAGCAAGAAGGCGAACGCGCGUGCCGUGGUCCUGUUCACGCGGGCCGAGGACGCGAGAGGGAUCCUCGAGGCCGCGAGGAGGUCGAACCUGAGCCAACCCUUCCAGUGGUUGGCCAGCGACGGGUGGGGCAGGCAGAUCAAGCUCGUCGAGGGCCUCGAGGAGGAGGCCGAGGGCGCCAUCACGGUCGAGCUCCAGUCCGAGAAUAUUCCCGGCUUCGACGACUACAUGGCCUCCCUCACCCCCGACACCAACCGCCGCAACCCCUGGUUCAGCGAGUACUGGGAGGAGGUGUUCGACUGCCCCCUCAAAGAGGAACGGAACGCGCCGACCGAUAACGCCACCCUCUUCUGCCCCCCCAACCUGAGACUAACCUCUGAGAGGGGUUACGAGCAAGAGUCCAAGGUCCAAUUCGUGGUGGACGCGGUGUACGCGUUCGCGCUGGCCCUCCACAACCUUCAGAGAGACGUGUGCUCCAAACUCGAGGGCCUCUGCCCCUCCAUGGCCAACUACGACCGCGGCGUGUUCUACAGGAAUUACCUCCUUAACGUCUCCUUCACAGGUGAGAAUUUUGUGUUCGACUACUUCGCGAGGACCGUUCCGCCGGACACGUUCCAAUCGAUCGCGUUGGUGGACGUGGUGAAGAGCGCCAACUGGUCCUACGUCUCGACCGUGUACUCGGAGGGCAGCUACGGUGAAUACGGGAUCGAGGUGUUCACGAGGGAGGCGACCGAGCGGAACGUGUGCAUAGCCGCGGCGGUCAAAGUGCCGAGCGCCGCCGACGAUCGCAUGUUCGACGACAUAAUCCAACGGUUGAGCAAGAAGGCGAACGCGCGUGCCGUGGUCCUGUUCACGCGGGCCGAGGACGCGAGAGGGAUCCUCGAGGCCGCGAGGAGGUCGAACCUGAGCCAACCCUUCCAGUGGUUGGCCAGCGACGGGUGGGGCAGGCAGAUCAAGCUCGUCGAGGGCCUCGAGGAGGAGGCCGAGGGCGCCAUCACGGUCGAGCUCCAGUCCGAGAAUAUUCCCGGCUUCGACGACUACAUGGCCUCCCUCACCCCCGACACCAACCGCCGCAACCCCUGGUUCAGCGAGUACUGGGAGGAGGUGUUCGACUGCCCCCUCAAAGAGGAACGGAACGCGCCGACCGAUAACGCCACCCUCUUCUGCCCCCCCAACCUGAGACUAACCUCUGAGAGGGGUUACGAGCAAGAGUCCAAGGUCCAAUUCGUGGUGGACGCGGUGUACGCGUUCGCGCUGGCCCUCCACAACCUUCAGAGAGACGUGUGCUCCAAACUCGAGGGCCUCUGCCCCUCCAUGGCCAACUACGACCGCGGCGUGUUCUACAGGAAUUACCUCCUUAACGUCUCCUUCACAGGUGAGAAUUUUGUGUACUGUAGCAUAAUCUAG